UUCCAUUUUAGACAGCGCCCACUGUUAAACUAACCCAAACAGAAGUCCUUUUGAUCAUCUUUAUUAGUAAAAGCUAAUCUGAUUUUGAUCCAACUCAAAACAACAACUAACUUCUUAGCUUUGAAAUCAGAUCAUCAGUUGUAAUGGAUUCAGAUUCUGUCUUUGCCAACGUUGUUCGUGGUCCUGAAGAUCCUAUUCUUGGGGUUACUGUUGCUUAUAACAAAGAUACCAACCCUAACAAGUUGAAUUUGGGCGUUGGUGCUUACAGAACUGAGGAAGGGAAGCCUCUUGUUCUAAAUGUAGUGAAAAAAGCUGAGCAGAUGCUUGUAAAUGACCCGUCUCGGGUGAAAGAGUAUAUUCCCAUUGUUGGACUUGCUGAUUUUAAUAAACUGAGUGCUAAACUUAUCUUCGGUGCUGAUAGCCCUGCCAUACAAGAGAAGAGAGUAACUACCGUCCAAUGUUUGUCUGGUACUGGUUCUCUUAGAGUUGGAGGCGAGUUUCUUGCUAGGCAUUACCAUCAACUGACAAUAUACAUUCCACAGCCAACAUGGGGAAAUCAUCCCAAAAUAUUCACUCUAGCAGGUUUGUCUGUUAAGACUUACCGCUACUAUGAUCCAGCAACGCGUGGGCUGGACUUCCAAGGCUUGCUCGAGGAUCUUGGAGCUGCACCGCAAGGAUCUGUAGUACUUCUCCAUGCAUGUGCGCAUAACCCAACUGGGGUUGACCCAACCAUCGAGCAGUGGGAGCAGAUCAGACAGUUGAUAAGAUCCAAAGCAUUUUUACCUUUCUUUGACAGUGCUUAUCAGGGUUUUGCAAGUGGCAGUCUAGAUGCAGAUGCACAAUCUGUUCGAAUGUUUGUUGCAGAUGGUGGUGAAUGUCUUAUGGCACAGAGUUAUGCAAAAAAUAUGGGACUCUAUGGGGAACGUGUUGGGGCUCUUAGCAUUGUCUGCAAGACAGCAGAUGUGGCCAGUAGGGUUGAAAGCCAGUUAAAACUUGUCAUCCGGCCCAUGUAUUCUAGUCCACCUAUUCAUGGUGCGUCUAUUGUAGCUGCUGUUCUCAAGGACAGUGAUAUGUUUAAUGAAUGGACUGUUGAGCUGAAAGCAAUGGCUGAUCGAAUUAUUAGCAUGCGCCAGAAAUUAUUUGAUGCUCUAACUGCCAAAGGCACUCCAGGUGAUUGGAGUCACAUUAUCAAGCAGAUUGGAAUGUUUACUUUCACUGGGUUGAACGCUGAGCAAGUGGCAUUCAUGACCAAAGAGUAUCACAUUUACAUGACAUCUGAUGGGAGGAUUAGCAUGGCGGGUCUUAGCUCUAAGACAGUCCCUCAUCUUACAGAGGCUAUACAUGCUGCAGUUACUCGUUUUGGUUAAGAUCAGUAGAUUUACAUAGUAAGAGUUCCUGGCUUAACUUCACCAUUUUUUGCAACUUUUUCUGGUGAAUGCAAGUUUUAUACUUGAUCAGACUCUUAUUUUUGGGUUUGGGAUAGUUUUGCUCUUUUUGUUGUCAUAUCGCUUCCUCCUCCUCCUCGGCAGCUAUUAUCUUAUCGAGGACAAGGUGUGAUCUUCGUUUAUGUCUUAUGGAUAAAUAACAAAAAAAUGCCAGAUUAUUCGAUUUCAAUAUAAAUAAAGGAUGACAUUCUCUA